AUGGUGAAGAUGAUUUAUGAAUUGUUAUUUGGUUUUCUAAUAAUCUGUGUUGGAUUAUUGGAAUUCGGAAAUAGUGCUGACGUGACUAAGUUUGGUGCGAUUGGAGAUGGUAAAACCGAUGAUUCAAAGGCAUUCCUAAAAGCAUGGGAAAAGGUAUGUGGAGCAAAUGACCCUCAAACUUUGCAAAUUCCCCAUGGGAAAAAUUUUCUCCUCCAACCUCUUGCCUUCAAUGGUCCCUGCAAAUCCACCAUUCAAGUUCAGUUGUUAGGGAAUCUUGUUGGGCCUGAAUCAAGUGGAUGGUUAGGGGAUCAAAAGGAUAAAUGGAUCAUAUUCCGAGGAGUGGAUGACCUUCUUUUUAAAGGAUCUGGAACAAUCGACGGUCGUGGUGAGCCUUGGUGGAAAGCUGCAAAGCCCAAAGACGAUACAAACAGACCAACGUCAUUGUGUUUCCAAAGUUGCAACAAUCUUCAAGUGAAGGGAUUCACUUCAAUAAACAGUCCAAGAAAUCACAUUAGUAUUACCGGUUGCAAUCGAGCAUCGAUAUCCAACGUGAAUCUGAUUGCACCCGAAGAAAGCCCCAACACCGAUGGAAUCGAUAUCUCUGGAUCGAACCAAAUCAAUAUAACCGAUUCAUACAUUGGAACCGGCGAUGAUUGUGUUGCUGUAAAUGGAGGUUCUGUCGGCAUCAUCAUUAGAAAUGUUAAUUGCGGUCCCGGCCAUGGACUUAGUAUCGGGAGUCUAGGUCGCAAUGGAAAGAGGGAGACAGUCGAACAAGUUCGAGUUCAGAAUUGUACCUUCAACAGAACUGAUAAUGGAGCAAGAAUCAAGACAUGGCCUGGAGGGUCAGGUUAUGUCAAGAAUAUAACAUUCGAGCAAAUCACAUUGAUUGAAGCUAAAAACCCGAUUAUAAUCGAUCAAUUCUACGGCCAUUGUUACCCUAAUUGUAAGGGAGGGAACUCAGCAGUAGAGAUAAGGGACGUGAGGUUUAUAGGCUUUAAUGGGACUUCAAUGAGCAAGGAAGCGAUAAAAUUGAAUUGCAGCAGCGUUUGCGGAUGCGACAACGUUGCCUUGGAGCAAGUGAACAUCAAAUCUGCAGUUCGAGGAAAAGGGAUCGAAGCUGUCUGUAACAAUGCUCGAGUUGCUUGUCAGCACUCAGUUCCAUCGGUGGAAUGUUAG